AUGGCCGGCAAGAAGAGGAAGGCAAGUGGCCGGCAGCCUUUCACAAAGGCUAAAGAUACACCUGCCCAAACCAAGUUCGACUAUAACGAAACUUUCGAUGAUUCCGAGGAUGAGUUUGUCGCAGGUCGUGAUCACAUUUUAUUAGAGGACGGCCCGGAGACAAAGAGGCGACGCAAAAUUCAAGAAGAAGAAGCGUACUUUGAGCCGUCCGACGAAGAAGUUCUCGGAUACGAGGACGAGGACGACCUAGACGAAGAAGAUUUCGAUGAAGAUGAAUAUGAGGAUGAUGGCGAAGAUGAUUAUACCUAUGAUAAAUCGGUCAAAAGGCAGCGUGACGGAACAAGUCCAGUUGCCGACAAAGACGAUGAAGAGGAGGGACUCGGUGCUUGGGGUACAUCGAAAAAGAGCUAUUAUAACGCCGACACUAUUGAGACGGAAGCAGAUGCAUUAGAGGAGGAGGAGGAAGCUAAAAGACUUCAACAAAAGCAUCUGAGGGCUAUGAAAGAGGCCGACUUUGGCUUCGAUGAAAUUGACUGGGUGGAAUCUGGGAAGGGAGCUGACGAAAGCACGCACGAUAAGAAUGGGGUGAUUACGGAAGUUCUGCCCCAGUUAGAAAUCACAGAUGAGAUGAGUGCCGAAGAGCAACUGAAAAUCUUGAAGUCAAGAUAUCCCGAAUUCGAGCCUCUCGCCAAGGACUUUGUCGAGCUUCAGCCCAAAUAUCCAGGAUUUUUAGCUGCGGCAGAAAAAUCUGAAGAAGCUGUCGACGAUGUCUCUACGCAUACACCGAUAUCCAUUGUCAAAUUCCGAGCUCUUUCAGCUUACCUUGGUUCAAUUAGCAUGUAUUUUGCGCUCCUAACAUCGCCAGCCGAAGACGGCGAUGAGAAAGUCUUAGCGCUACCGCCGACAGACCUAAGAGAGCAUCCAGUCAUGGAAUCACUUGUCAAAUGCAGAAAGCUUUGGGAAAUGGUCAAAGAUUUACAAAUAGUUGACGAGUCAGAACCAGAGGUAGAUGAAAGCGAUGACAUUGGCCUGGAUAUAGUGAAGGAACAACCCGAGGUAGCGGCUGCAUUUAUUUCGUCGAAGGAAAAGAAAUCAAAGACAGCGACUUCCAACGAGAAGAAAUUGACUAAGUCACAGCGGGCUGCAGAAAAGGCUAAGGAAGAAGCACAGGCCCAUCGCCUUGAGAAGAUCAAGAGGGCAGAAGCCAAACUUACCGAAUUGAAUGACUUAGUUAAAGUACCAAGCAAUAAGAGCCAAUCCAAAGUGUCUCAACCACAAGAGGAUGAUGAUUCGGAUUUCGGUGAUGAAGGCGCUCUCACAGCUCGUGAAGUCGAAGAAAAAGCCAAGAAGAGACGCUCUCUUCGCUUCUACACCUCUCAACUUGCACAAAAGAACAACAAGAGAGACGCCGCGGGUCGAAAUGCGGGCGGUGACGAGGAUCUACCCUAUAGAGAACGUCUUAAGGAUCGCCAGGCACGCUUGAAUGCAGAGGCUGAGAGACGUGGUCGCGCACAGGCAAAUGAAGCUGAACAGUUAGGCGGGGAAUCCGACGAUGAUGAUCAUCGCUUAGCACUAGAGAUUCGUGGCGACGCAGAAGGUACCGAUGACGAUGAAUACUACGACAUGGUUGCAGCUCGCAACAAACAAAAGAAAGCAGACAAAGAAGCACGGGCCGAGCUAGCACAGGCCGACCAGGGUGGUCGAGUCGAAGAAAUCGAAGAGAUCGGUCCUGACGGCAAACGUCGUAUCACUUAUCAGAUCGAGAAGAACAAAGGCUUGGCACCCAAGCGUAAUAAGGAUGUACGUAACCCGCGUGUGAAGAAGAGGAAGAAGUAUGAGCAGAAAAAGAAAAAGCUUGGCAGCAUUCGACAAGUGUACAAAGGUGGCGAAGGACGUGGUGGCUACGGUGGUGAACUCACAGGUAUCAAGAAGAAUCUUGUUAAGAGCGUUAAGCUCUAA